AUGGAUCAACCGAUGAUGGCGUUUCUUAUGGGCAUCGUUUUAACCGAUAAGCAAUCGAUCGAUAAAGCGCCUUCACGUGAUGACAAUAAAUCCUUAGGGGAAAAAAAGGAGAGAGAAAUGCAGAAAAUAUUCGCCCUCGGUUCAAAUGGAUCUGGUCAACUGGGUAUAGGACACAGAGAUGAUGUCUCCGUGCCCACGGAAUGUUUAUUUGAUGAGGAUACCAAGACCAGUAAUGAGAACAGUAUCACGGCAAGUCAAGGAAUAGGCGAAGGAAGAGAAAGAAAAGUGAAACGUAUAGUCUGCGGUGGGAAUCAUACGAUUAUUUUAUUGGAGGAUGGAGCUGUCUAUGCGGCUGGAUUGAAUGAUGAUUUGCGUUGUGGGGUUUGUAUCUCUUCGAGGUUGGAGAGAAGGGAUCAAGAGGGGAGUGAGAAGGAGGAUGGUAUACUCAGGCGCUUCAGACGUGUCAAGUUUCGGAGAAGAAGUACAGGGGCAGUUAUUGAUCGAUUCAAGGAUGUAUGCGCUACUUGGUCUGCGACGUGUUUCAUUGCUGUAACCAGCAGCAGCAACAAUACCUGCGAAAAGGAUGUUGUGAUACCACUCGGAUCAGGGGAUAAAGGUGAAUUAGGUCUUGGGCCAGGACGACGAAGUACAGCUCCUGCUUCUCGAGAGGUUGAUGAUAGUAUCAUCGAUACUGAUGACUAUUUAAUUCCCGAUUUCCCGCCUCCAAACACGUACAUCGAAGCGAUAGGUAGUGGCACAAACCACGUCGUUGCUAUAUUAUCGAACGGCGAUGUCUAUGGAUGGGGAGCGUCAAGAAAGGGCCAACUCGGAACUGAUUCAGAGCUAAUCAAAAAUAAGAUCGUGUGGUCGCCUGUGAAGAUUGCUUCAGCAGAGUUGCUGAAGGAAGAAUUUAUGCCGAGGAGUGUGAGUUGUGGGAGGGAGUUUACGUUUAUGGGUGGCUAUAAGAAGAAUAAACCCUUGGAAGGAGGAGAUGACAGUGCGGGAUAUAUAUAUACAAUCCUUGGGGUGGAUGACAAAUGGAAUAUCAUGUCAGCCGCACCUUCGGUUCAGACAUUGCAGAAAACUAGCCAGACUCAAAAACGAUACGAUGUAUCGACGAGUUGGCAUGGGAUUUAUUUACAUAAUACUCUUGACAACUCGGUCAUCGCCUGGGGCCGCAAUGAUCGCGGUCAGUUGGGUCCCCAUCAGCAACAGGAACAUUCUCUAGUACGAUGGGAAUCCGUCGCCCAGUUCAUGGCUGGUAGUGAACAUACUGUUGCUGUCUUGUCUGAUAACAGGACUGUUGUCUCUUGUGGAUGGGGAGAGCAUGGCAAUUGUGGGUCUGAUACGGAUGAUCAUGGGAAUGUGAAAGGGAGGUUGAGUCAGAUUCGACUUCCUGAUGACGCCUUGCACAAUAAUGAGGCGAAGGUUGUUCGAGUAGCCGCCGGUUGCGCCACCAGUUGGAUCGUGGUUUCCUCAUGA